CAUUGUUAAGUACUUUUUCAAUUAUUAUAAGAUCCCUAAAGCAAAAGAACAUGCUUGAAGUGGUGAUUGUUAAUAAUCUCUUUUACUUAACCAUUUGCUUAGUAUAGUCAUCUUUGGACUUGUUAAAUAACGUAACCAUGGAUUCAACUCAAACGGAUAAUGCCAAUUAUGCCAAUGGUAAUGGUGAGGCUAGUGCAGAGAAUCACUGUGAUCCUGAAGGGAAUAUCAAUGAAAACAGUGAACAGCCAGUAUGUAAAGAGCCCGAUGAAAUGACCAGUAAGGACUACUAUUUCGACAGCUAUGCUCACUUUGGUAUACACGAAGAAAUGCUGAAAGAUGAGGUUCGAACGGUCACUUAUAAAAAUUCAAUGCUCCACAACAAACACCUUUUUAAAGGUAAAACUGUCCUCGAUAUUGGAUGUGGAACUGGUAUAUUGUCUAUGUUUGCUGCCAAAGCUGGUGCUGCUCGAGUCAUUGGUAUCGAAUGCUCUGGAAUCGUUAACCUAGCUGAACGUGUGAUAAAAGAUAAUGGAUUUGCUGAUCGUAUUACCAUUGUUAAGGGAAAAGUAGAAGAAGUUGAACUCCCAGAUGGCAUUGAAAAAGUUGAUAUUAUUAUUUCAGAAUGGAUGGGGUAUUGUCUUUUUUAUGAAUCUAUGCUUGAUACUGUUAUUUAUGCUCGAGACAAAUGGCUGAAAAGUGAUGGCCUAAUGUUUCCAGAUCGAGCAACUCUUUACAUAACAGCCAUAGAGGACAGACAAUAUAAAGAGGAUAAAAUUAAUUGGUGGGAAGAUGUCUAUGGAUUUAACAUGAGCUGUAUAAGAGAAGUUGCUCUUAAAGAACCAUUAGUUGAUGUUGUUGACCCGAAGCAAGUUGUGACUAGCUAUUGUCUUCUCAAAGAAGUUGAUCUCUACACUGUUAAACCUGAAGAUUUAAGCUUUAUGACACCAUUUACUCUUGUAAUGAAAAGAGAUGAUUAUAUACAAGCCUUUGUAACUUUUUUCUCAGUCCAAUUCACUAAAUGCCACAAGCCAACUGGUUUUUCGACUUCACCGGAUGCAGCAUAUACUCAUUGGAAACAAACUGUUUUUUACAUCGAUCAAUCUCUUACUUGCAAGAAAAAUGAACAGAUUCAUGGAACUUUCUCCAUGAAACCAAAUAAAAAUAACAAGAGGGAUCUAGAUUUCGAGAUAUUAGUAGACUUCCAUGGACAACUUAGUGUAAUUGAUGAACAAUUAUACACCUACAAGAUGCGAUAAUCAAUCUUCAGUCGCUAGUAAAUUGAAUCACUUUUUCAAUUCGGGAUAACAGAGAGCCUUGAUACCUUGUUUUGUCUUUAUUUUCUUGUGUUUAUUCCUUGUUCUCUUCAAAAUCCAUUCUAAUUAAUUCACAAAAUCGCCACUCACUAAACCCAUCCAAAGCUCUUCACAUUUUUGCUCAGUAUAUAACAAUUUAUGUUCAAAGCUAUUGUUAACUUAAUGUUUGCUACCGAUAGCUUGGAAAUUAACACCCCGAGGAUUAUAAAAUCAUCUUCCUUCUCAUAGCUCAAAAGAAAUCAAAUGAACUACAAAGUUUCCCGCCAAUGGGUUGUCAUAGAUCAAGAUCUUAUUGAUUAAUUUUCCGCUUCCUGACGCACUCGAUUUCCUUUUCUCUCAGUCCCUUUCUUCCAUCUUUGUGUCCUUCCUUUCUCACUGAUGUAAUUUCAUCUAAUUAAACUGAGUAUAAAAAAAUUGUUUGAUCAUAUAA